AUGGCGGGUAACACUCUAUCAGGUCAGUCUCGGUCCGAGAAGCACAACUCCAUCGUUCCAUCCGACCCUGAGAACAUCUCUGGAACCCAAGAUGGAGUUUUCUCGCCCGCACAAGAAGAGGUGUAUCCGGAGGGAGGCACGCAGGCAUGGCUCGCAGUUACCGGCUCCUUCUUGGUUUACUUCGCAUCCUUUGGCGUCGUGAACAGCUUCGGUUUCUUCCAGACUUUUUACCAGCAAGAAUAUCUGAAGAAUUACUCGCCGACCGCCAUCUCCUUCAUUGGCACGCUGCAAAUCACGCUGAUGUACCUCUCGGGCUCGGUCGCUGGAGCACUGUUUGAUCUUUACGGUCCCAAAUGGCUCUACCUGUUUGCCGCGAUCGGGGGCGCUGGCUCUAUGCUUGCAACAUCUUUCACUCAGCCCAACGCGAUUUGGCAGCAGUUCUUGGCUCAAUCUCUCCUUUUUGGCCUCACUGUUGCCUACGGAGUUCAGGUGGGUCGCAUCUUAUUCAUUCGCCAGGACUGCUGGUUGAGGAGCUUCAUUUGCAGUAAUACAAGCUCUAAAACGUACUAA